GGCGCCCCAGCGCCCGGCUCCCGCGAAGCAUGCCCGCCCGCGCCCCGCCGCGCCGCCCGCGGCCGCCGCCGCCUCUGCCGCUUUCGCUGCUGCUGCUGCUGGGCCUGGGCGCCCGCCGCCUGCGCGCCGAGCCCGGCGACGGGGCGCAGACCUGGGCCCGCUUCGCGCAGCCUCCGGCCCCCGAGGCCGCCGGCCUCCUCCACGACACCUUCCCCGACGGCUUCCUCUGGGCCGUGGGCAGCGCCGCCUACCAGACGGAGGGCGGCUGGCGGCAGCACGGCAAGGGCGCGUCCAUCUGGGACACGUUCACCCACCACCCCCCGGCGCCCCCCGGCGCCCCCCCGGUAGCCCGCCCGCCGUCGGGCGCCCCGUCGCCGUCCCCGCCCGCUACCGGGGACGUGGCCAGCGACGGCUACAACAACGUCUUCCGCGACACGGAGGGGCUGCGCGAGCUCGGGGUCACCCACUACCGCUUCUCCAUCUCGUGGGCGCGGGUGCUCCCCAAUGGCAGCGCGGGCGCCCCCAACCGCGAGGGGCUGCGCUACUACCGGCGCCUGCUGGAGCGGCUGCGGGAGCUGGGCGUGCAGCCCGUGGUCACCCUGUACCACUGGGACCUGCCCCAGCGCCUGCAGGACGCCUACGGCGGCUGGGCCAACCGCGCCCUGGCCGACCACUUCAGGGAUUACGCCGAGCUCUGCUUCCGCCACUUCGGCGGCCAGGUCAAGUACUGGAUCACCAUCGACAACCCCUACGUGGUGGCCUGGCACGGCUAUGCCACCGGGCGCCUGGCCCCCGGCGUCCGGGGCAGCGCGCGGCUCGGGUACCUGGUGGCGCACAACCUCCUCCUGGCUCAUGCCAAAAUCUGGCAUCUCUACAAUACUUCUUUCCGUCCAACUCAGGGAGGCCAGGUCUCCAUCGCCCUAAGCUCCCACUGGAUCAAUCCUCGAAGAAUGACCGACCACAGCAUCAAAGAAUGUCAAAAGUCUCUUGACUUUGUACUAGGCUGGUUUGCCAAACCCAUAUUUAUUGAUGGUGACUAUCCUGAGAGCAUGAAGAAUAAUCUUUCACGUCUUCUGCCUGAUUUUACUGAAGCUGAGAAAAAGUUCAUUAAGGGAACAGCUGACUUUUUUGCUCUUUCUUUCGGACCAACCUUGAGUUUUCAACUAUUGGACCCCCACAUGAAGUUCCGCCAGUUAGAAUCUCCCAGCCUGAGGCAACUCCUUUCUUGGAUUGACCUUGAAUAUAACCACCCUCAAAUAUUUAUUGUGGAAAAUGGCUGGUUUGUCUCAGGGACCACCAAGAGAGACGACGCCAAAUAUAUGUAUUACCUCAAAAAAUUCGUAAUGGAAACCUUAAAAGCCAUUAGGCUGGAUGGGGUGGACGUCAUUGGGUACACGGCCUGGUCCCUUAUGGAUGGCUUCGAAUGGCACAGAGGUUACAGCAUCAGGCGUGGACUCUUCUAUGUUGACUUUCUAAGCCAGGAUAAGAAACUGUUGCCGAAAUCUUCAGCCUUGUUCUACCAAAAGCUGAUAGAGAAAAAUGGCUUCCCUCCUUUACCUGAAAAUCAACCUCUAGAAGGGACAUUUCCCUGUGACUUUGCUUGGGGAAUUGUUGACAACUACAUUCAAGUGGACACCACUCUGUCUCAGUUUACCGACCCGAACGUUUACCUGUGGGACGUCCACUACAGUAAGAGGCUAAUUAAGGUGGACGGGGUUGUGACCAAGAAGCGGAAGUCCUACUGCGUGGACUUCGCUGCCAUCCGGCCCCAGAUAGCCUUACUCCAGGAGAUGCACGUUUCCCAUUUUCACUUCUCCCUGGAUUGGGCCCUGAUCCUGCCGCUGGGCAACCAGUCCCAGGUGAACCACACAGUCCUCGACUACUACCGCUGCGUGGUCAGCGAGCUCGUGCGCGCCAACAUCACCCCGGUGGUGGCGCUCUGGCGACCCGCGGCCCCGCACCACGGGCUGCCGCGGCCCCUGGCCAAGCACGGAGCCUGGGAGAACCCCCACACCGCCUCGGCUUUUGCAGAGUACGCCCGGCUGUGCUUCAAGGAUCUCGGCCACCACGUCAAGUUCUGGAUCACGAUGGGCGAGCCGUACACACGGAACAUGACCUACAGCGCGGGGCACAAUCUUCUGAAGGCUCAUGCGUUGGCCUGGCGCGUGUACGAUGAAAACUUUCGGGGCUCUCAGAAGGGGAAAAUAUCCAUAGCCCUGCAGGCCGACUGGAUAGAGCCGGCCUGCCCUUUUUCCCAAAAGGACAAAGAAGUGGCAGAGAGAGUUUUGGAAUUUGACAUUGGCUGGCUGGCCGAGCCCAUUUUCGGCUCUGGGGAUUAUCCGCGUGUGAUGAGGGACUGGCUCACGCAGAGAAACAAUUUCCUUCUACCUUAUUUCACUGAAGAUGAAAAAAAGCUAAUCCGGGGUUCUUUCGACUUUCUGGCCGUAAGCCAUUACACCACCAUCCUCGUCGACUGGGAAAAAGAAGAUCCAAUGAAAUACAACGAUUACCUGGAGGUGCAGGAAAUGACCGACAUCACGUGGCUCAACUCCCCCAGUCAGGUGGCAGUAGUGCCCUGGGGCUUACGCAAAAUUCUCAACUGGCUGAAGUUGAAGUACGGAGACCUCCCCAUGUAUAUAAUAUCCAACGGCAUAGACGAUGAUCCGCAGGCAGCGCAAGACAAGCUGAGGGUGUAUUACAUGCAAAAUUAUGUAAAUGAAGCUCUGAAAGCCUACAUAUUGGAUGGUGUCAAUCUUUGUGGAUACUUUGCUUAUUCAUUCAAUGAUCGCACAGCUCCCAAGUUUGGCUUCUAUCAUUAUGCUGCAAAUCAGUUUGAGCCCAAACCGUCCAUGAAACAUUAUCGGAAAAUGAUUGACAGCAAUGGUUUCUCGGAUCCUGAAACUCUGGGGAGAUUUUGUCCAGAAGAAUUCACCCUGUGCACCGAAUGCGGCUUUUUUCAUACCCGCAAAUCUUUACUGGCUUUCAUAGUUUUCCUACUUUUUGCUUUUAUUAUUUCUCUUUCUCUGAUUUUUUACUACUCUAAGAAAGGCAAAAGAAGUUACAAGUAGUCCUGACCUUUUUCCUAUUCAUUUACUUUGAAAUGAUUAUGCACACACAUCAGCUGUUCACCAUUUGCACUUCUCAGUGUGGUAAGACUGGAUUUCACUUAUCUGACUUCUAGAAAAAAAAUGUGUGGCGUAUGACAGAGGUUUGGAAGUGAGCAUAGGUGAUUGUAAAAUACUGAAUAAUGUGAAUAGUGCCUGGAUUUGUUCUUUCUUGGAGGAUGAUCAAAGACGGUUAGGGGCCAUCAUCUCUGCAACACAUUCUGUAACAAACGUAUGGGAAGUGGGACCCAUUCUGGAACAUUUUUGUAGAAAUUGAAUAGCAAGAUCAGUGCCCGUUCCUAAAUUAUCUUGAAGUAAAACAAAUGUGGAAAUAAAAAGUUAAGUCCCAAAUAACCAUCUCUAAACUUCCAUGAUAUGCCUAAUGGUCUCUGUUGGACCCAGUUUCCCUUGAAAAAGAAAUGGUAGAAUAUUAGAGACAUGACAGAGGGCCCUACGCUAGAACGUUCC